GACCCGCGACGGGCACACCCCCCCGCCCUCCUGACUUCCCCAGGGGGCACGGCCAGCCCUCUGUGCUGGCGCUCAGAGUGGCUGCCUCGGGCACCCCUCAACGUGACUCUCACGGUGCCCCUGGGCAAGGCUUUCGAGCUGGUCUUCGUGAGCCUGCGCUUCUGCUCAGCUCCCCCAGCCUCCGUAGCCCUGCUCAAGUCACAGGACCAUGGCCGCAGCUGGGCCCCGCUGGGCUUCUUCUCCUCCCACUGUGACCUGGACUAUGGCCGUCUGCCUGCCCCUGCCGAUGGCCCAGCUGGCCCAGGGCCUGAGGCCCUGUGCUUCCCUGCACCCCAGGCCCAGCCUGAUGGCAGCGGCCUUCUGGCCUUCAGCGUGCAGGACAGCAGCCCCCCAGGCCUGGACCUGGACAGCAGCCCAGUGCUCCAAGACUGGGUGACCGCCACCGACAUCCGUGUAGUGCUCACAAGGCCUAGCGCGGCGGGUGACCCCAGGGACAUGGAGGCCAUCGUCCCUUACUCCUACGCAGCCACUGACCUCCAGGUGGGCGGGCGCUGCAAGUGCAAUGGACAUGCCUCACGGUGCCUGCUGGACACACAGGGCCACCUGAUCUGCGACUGUCGGCAUGGCACCGAGGGCCCUGACUGCAGCCGCUGCAAGCCCUUCUACUGCGACAGGCCAUGGCAGCGGGCCACUGCCCGGGAAUCCCACGCCUGCCUCGCUUGCUCCUGCAAUGGCCAUGCCCGCCGCUGCCGCUUCAACAUGGAGCUGUACCGACUGUCCGGCCGCCGCAGCGGGGGUGUCUGUCUCAACUGCCGACACAACACUGCUGGCCGCCACUGCCACUACUGCCGGGAGGGCUUCUAUCGAGACCCUGGCCGUGCCCUGAGUGACCGUCGGGCUUGUAGGGCCUGCGACUGUCACCCCGUUGGUGCUGCUGGCAAGACCUGCAACCAGACCACAGGCCAAUGUCCCUGCAAGGAUGGCGUCACUGGCCUCACCUGCAACCGCUGCGCACCUGGCUUCCAGCAGAGCCGCUCCCCAGUGGCGCCCUGUGUUAAGACCCCUAUCCCUGGACCCACUGAGGACAGCAGCCCUGUGCAGCCCCAGGACUGUGACUUGCACUGCAAACCUGCCCGUGGCAACUACCGCAUCAGCCUAAAGAAGUUCUGCAGGAAGGACUAUGGUCCCCCACGGGGGGCGGCCCCGCUCCUUCAGCCCGCACUGUCCUCCGGGUGUCCUCCCCAUGCCUCCCUCUACCCCGGGCAGGCCGCCGCCUCCUGA